UGCAUGUCAAGUACAGCCCGAUUAGUAAUAACUUUGCCCAACCCGAAGACAUCCAUCAAUUUCUCAUCCCAAAUAAUUUCCAAUAAAUGCCAGUGGUAGAACAAAAGGGGGAUCCAGGAAGAAUUGUCCAAGGAAGAACAACAGAUGGGGAUGCUAACCCACAGAAUCAAUAAGGAGAGUCUAAAACCUGGUGACCAUAUUUACUGUUGGAGGAUAGGCUUUCUCUAUGCUGAUCAUGGCAUCUAUGUAGGAGAUGACAAAGUCAUUCAUUUAUUGAGAUGUUGUUCAGAAGGAAGAGGAAGUUUGCUGGAUCUUCCCCUGAAUGUAUCAAUGCUAGCACAAUCUCAACAAUCCUGCCCUUCCUGCACUCAAACAAAACGAGAUGGGAUCAUCAGCUCUUGCCUCAACUGCUUCCUAGGUGGUAGAGUCUUGCGCCGGUAUGAAUAUGGUGUUAAUAAUGCUCUCUUUAUUGUGAAAGUAUGCGGUGGAACAUGUACUCGGGCAGUCUCUGACUCAGCUGAUGUGGUUGUUCAUCGGGCAAAGUACUUGCUUGAUUAUGCAACCAAUAGCUAUAAACUAUUCAUGAAUAACAGUGAAGAAUUUGCCAUCUACUGUAAAACUGGAGUGGCCGUUGCAGGCUACGGAACACCAGUGCUGAAGGGACAAGCUGCAUCUAUACCCAGUUUCUUACUAGCUGCUUGCAUGUCUGCGCCUCUGCAUUUAAGCAAAGCAAAUGGACUUUGCACAGCUGCAACAUUGUUUGGAUUAUAUAGCAGUCUCAGGUGUAUUUUGGACAUCAGGCGUAAUCGGGAUGAAGUGAAGGUAAUCGUGGAGGAUCUGGUAGGGAACUAGAGAGUAUCUCCGGGGGAGGCUGGUGGUUACAGCAUUGACCAAGGAUCUCACAAAUGACAAUGAAGCUGAGAACAAGCUUUUGCUUCAGGGCAUUAGACCCCGUUCUGGGUUAUGGCCCAUAUCCUUCUUGUUCUGUUUCUUUUCUAUGCUACUCUGAUAUGGUACUACUAGUAUUUAUUUGUUACUUCAUGUGGUAAUUCAUUUUUAUUCUUUGGUCCAUUGCCAGUGGUCUCUUUAUAUAGUUUUUAAGUAUAUGUUUUUUGUUGAAUCUUCAAAGCCUUUGGCGACGUUAGUUUUUCUUAAAAAUUGCUUCUUGCACUUGUGGCAUCAAAUAUCAGGCCGUGAUCAGCAACUUCUUAGACUGCAAGUUUCCGUGAAGGAGGCAUCAACUCCCAGUCUUCCACUGAUUACUUUUGAGGGUAGAAAUUCAUAAUUGUGAUUGGAAACUUGUAAUGCAAUAAUUAUAAGUGAAAUGUU